CCGCCAGUACAACCACCAGUACAACCACCAGUACAACCACCAGUACAACCACCAGUACAUCCACUACUUCCGAAGACAUGACAUCUAGCAGUACGUCCACAAGCUCCAAAAAAGUAGCCUUGGCAGAUUCGAUGCAGCCACAAUCAAAAGAAGACACACAGAUACCGACCACCACAACCCGCAAGUCGGAGCAUUUCCUCGUUGGCGAUCUCCCGGAGUUGGUUAAUCUAAACGUGGUAGAAGAUCCAUUGGCUGGGGCAGAACCACCACGACCAGAUGACGAUGACUCAAUGACAUUGUUCGUGGUGGGCAUCGUGCUGUCCGUGCUGCUGACGUGUCUCUUCGUCUUCCUCAGCUUCGGCAUCUAUCGAUGCUAUCGAGCCAGGAAGCUUCGUCAAGGUCAAGCUGCUCAAGCUGCAGGUGCACCACCAGAGCUGCAAUCUUCACCUGUUUGGCCGGUGCUCCCUGCGAUCGCAUCCAUCACAUCUAUCACAUCUAUCACAGCGAAGCCUCUACUGUUUGGGUGGGAUAGCAGGAUGACUGCUGAGUGGCCUCGUGGCAAAGUCUUGAAGCUCACAGUUGGAGAAGCUGGCUUCGAAGGAAAGGGUCAGCGAUUCCCUUUUCGACAAGCUGAUGGCCGGGAGUUCUGCUGGGAAGAUGGAACGGUCCAAAGAGUGGAGAAGAUUCAAAAGAACGUUGUGUGGUGGCGCACGAAGCAUGAGCGUUCAGAGUGGCAGCACUUCAGGUGGAUUUGCACUCCCAAAUGCAGCGUGGGUGGUCAUCAUGACAUGGAGCUCACAGAGGUUGAUCCCUACAGAUGCAGCUCAUGCUCGAGCUCUCGAGUUGCGGAGAAGCACUGGCAUUGCCCAUCACAUAAGGUGCAUCUUUGCCCAAGUUGUGCGGAACUUCCACCAGAAACACCCACCUUGGGCGUCGCAGCCAACUAUGUCGUGAACGUCUUUCCAACUUUAGCCUCCAGUGCAACCGGGCAAGAGAAUCCGGACUUCUAUGCCAUCUGCCCGCUCUUCGCGCACGGGAGCAACGG